CUCUUUUCCUCCUCCUCUUCCCCCUGUCCCUCUUCGUCCCUCUCCUGUCCUUCUUCUUCUUCCUCCUCCUCCCCCUCCUCCUCCUGCUCCUUUUGCAGCCGCAUUGAGCUCUCUGUAUUUCACCUGAGUUCUCUCACUGAUCGGAGGACUUUGGCAUGUUCGGGACUUCCCCCGCCUCUUCCACUCAACAGUGACAUAUAUUAUUCCCUUAGCCUGCUGCUCACACGGACUUCAACUCGUCACUUGAAGCUCGGCAGAGCAACAAACCCCGACUGCUACUUAACACAACGAUGGAUCCUUCUGCCCUGCUGUGGCUGACUUUCGUGAGUGCCGGGACGUUUCUCCAAGUGUGGGGUUCAGACAGCGUGGCUGCCUUGUAUGGAGAAACCAUUGUUAUACCAUGCAACGGUGAAGCUCCAGCACCAGAGGAUCUGAUGUUCAUCAAGUGGAAAUAUGAAAAAGACGAUGGCACACCUGGUGAUCUGUUGAUCAAACAGGCCCGCAGCGAACAGGCCACAGUUCAGGCGACAGACAGUUAUGCACAGCGGGUCAGCAUUGAUGACAAGUUCAGCCUGGUCAUCACUCGUGCUUCACUCAAAGACCAAAAGAUCUUCACUUGCAUGGUGGUGUCAGAAUCCAACCUGAAGGAGUUCCCUGUCUCUCUCAUUGUUUACAAGAAACCGUCAUCAGUUCAGAUUAUGGACAAGUCUGAAAUAUUGCAGAAGGACAAACCAGUAACGCUGGGAACAUGUGUUUCAGCAGAUGCAAAUCCUGCAGCUACAAUCACAUGGAAAAAGAAUGGCGAGCCCUUGGUUGCAGAUGGAAAAGUUGUGGUGAUUACCCACAGCAUGAAGCUGGAUCCAGCCACAGGCCUUUCCACCACUUCCUCUACCCUCCAGUACACAGCCACCAAGGAAGACGUUGGUGCAGUCUUUGCCUGCUUGUCCACACAUGAACUGACCAAUCAGGAGACUGACCUGGAACCCUUUCCCAUUCAUUAUUCAUCAGAGAAAGUCAGCCUUCAGAUUAUGUCCAAGGGUCCUAUCAUAGAAGGAGAUAACGUGACGUUGAAGUGUCAUGCUGAUGGCAACCCUCAACCCAGUGCUUUCUUUUUCCACGUCAAGGGCGAGAAAAAGCUGGUGGAAAAUUCAGACACCUACACUUUGACUGCCAUCAGCAGAGGGGCUGCUGGUGAAUACAAAUGCUCCCUUGCUGACAAUGAGAAAAUGGAGGCCACCGAAAACAUUGUUGUUAGCUACCUGGACCUGAGUCUGAGUCCCACUGGGAAGGUUGUGAAGACAGUGGGGGACACUUUGCCUCUGAAGAUGGAGAAGAUCAGCUCAGGUGACGUGAAAGUGUCAUGGACAAAGAAUGGAAAGACGGUGAAGGAGCCGGAGUUUAUCAAGUUGACGUAUGCUGAUGCAGGAAUCUACGUAUGUGAGGCUUCCAUUACUGGUCUCACACAACAUCAGAGCUUUGAACUAGUUGUAGAAGGAAAGCCUGUGAUCACCAGCUUAACAAAACGAUAUGCUGAUGAUGCUCAACACAAAGUUCUGACCUGUGAGGCUGAUGGCGUUCCAGAACCCAGUUUUCAAUGGAGCAUCAACAGCACAAAUGAGGAGGGCACUUACAUCAAUGGCAAGGCCACCCAUAAAAUCACUGUGAUCCCUAAGGUGAACUUGACUGUCACCUGCAUUGUCAGCAACAAGCUUGGAGAAGAUUUCAUGACCAUCAAUGUUUCUUCUGUCUUUAAAGAGGACAGUGAGAAUGAAGACUUUCGGCAGGAUUCAGAUGACCAGGCAAAGCUCAUAGUUGGUGUCGUGGCAGGCCUUCUAAUAGCUGCCACCAUGGUGGGACUCAUCUACUGGCUCUACAUGAAAAAUUCAAGACAAGGGAGCUGGAAAACUAAUGAGAAGGAGGAGGGAACACCUGAGGAGAGCAAGAAAUUAGAGGAGAACAACCACAGCGUGUAACAGCACUUCGGUUUUACUACAUGGAAUAAAAGAGAAGCAGUUGGAAGUAACAGAUGUGGACUCCCAGCUGGCUGCUGACAUGCGUCAUCAGGCAUCAACAAUCAAGAGUACUUUUCCACCAAGUCCUGCCCACAACCUGUUUUCCACCCCACUAAAUGAUGUCUGCACUGAGGCUGACUCGUGUUACUGUGUCAUUUUGUUUUGUGUUCCUGGAGAAUGCUCCCUUGUUUUUUUGUGUGUUUGUUUUGAGUAAUUCUGAGGCUGUGUAGUAGUUUUGUGUUUUGUUUAAUUUUUGUUGCUUUGUUUUCUCUUUAAAUGUUUUGGUUUGGGUGGUUUUCUCUGUACAAAGCCUGUAUACCAAAAAAAUAUUAUGUGUGCCCUGGCUGAGCAUACCAAUUUUUAUUUUAUUUUUAUGUGCGAUGUGUUGAAAAACCUUUGUUCUGCUGUGCUCAAAGACAAAGAAAUGUCACUGCUGUAUGACCCCAACGAAACUGUCCUCAGACUUUUCAGAAGAUAACCUCAAAAUUUUGUUGGCUGGAUUCUAAACACUGGCAAAUUGAUUGUCUAAAUAUCUAGUUAUAGACAUGAUAUUAAAUGAGGAACUGGAACUGUGAAUGAUUUCUAUAAAUACAGUUUAUUGUAAUCGUGACACCAAAAGUCAAACUUGCUGUGUUUUAAACUACAUUGUGUCGAUGUAAAUUGGAUAUCAGCAAAUGGAGCAUUAUGACAUACAAAACCACCAGUGUAAAUAACUUUUUAACAGUGUCAGGAGAGAUUUUUUAAUCCCUUUAUGUUUCAAAGAAAAUGAAAGGCAAGAAGUUAUCUAGAAGGACAACAAAUUGUAAGAAAUGCAAAAGUGUGUUCUAAUAUAAUGUUUCUUUUUUUGAGCACGUUUUAAAACAAAUGUGUUAAUCUAGGAUUUAUAUAGUUAAAUACACUACAUUGUUUUUCAUGUUUUCACUGCUCUACAGUUCCUGUAACAUCCUCUCUAAGUUAAGACCAGUAUAUUUAAUAUUUGCUGUUUUGAUAUUUUACUCAUGUCAGGUCUGAAUUCUGUUUUUUUGUGUGUGUUUUUGAUGUAUUUAUAUUCUGUUUGCAACCUACCUGGAUGGCAAAGGUACUUUGUUGGGAGAAUUACAUGGUAGUAAAUAAAGCCCCAUUCAUAACUGCUUGCAGUUCUAGUUAUUUUAUUAUUUUCAGCUCACCUGUGUGAGGAAUGACCCAAACCAAAAACAGUGUAAAACAGGACAUAAAUAGCUUGACAAAAUAUGCAUCAAUGUGUCAAAUCUGUUAAUUAUGAUUAUUACCAAGACAUAUUAACGCCAAUCAACCACAACACUAAAAGGUCUAACAGGAGACCUGAACACCAUUUUUCAUCUCAUUAUAGUGAAAUGCUCUGGAUUUUGUAUGGAUGUCACUUGACUACAGUAUAUUUGGGUUGUGCCAGCACUAGUCCAACCAAUUGAGGCCCCACCAAGGUGGACUUGGCUCUGAACUGCAUGUUCCUGUAUGGAAAAGAUGUUUGAUUGGAUUUGGAUCCAGCGUUGUUUUUCGUCAACGGUGACAAUGACAAAAUUGUUUCGUUGACGCCCCUUUCUUUCAUGACGAUAACGAGAUGGCGACGAGAUAAAUAUGGCUCUUUGAUGACUAAAACAUGACGAGACGUGUGUGAGUUUUCGUUGACGAGACGAGAAUGGACGUAAAUGUUAGUGGAUGGUCUGUCAGGCGUUCAAAAUGCAUGACAUUUCUGCUGUCUUCUUCUGCCAGUUCUAAACUCUAGUGGGGUUCAAUGUAAAGCUCUUAAUUUGAAAACAAAUUCGUUGUCACUGUUCACUGCCCAUCUUCGAGCUUCACGUCACAUGUUUACGCCUACCCCCAGAUAUAUGGAUGUAUUAUAAAUAUAAUGCAUGAGUAUUGGAGAGUGCUGUUGGACAGAAAACUUUUAUCUCCAUAUUUCAACUUUUCAACAUUUUUCCAACAUAUUUCAACUGUUUCUCUCAUGAAAUGAUGCCCUACUUCAUCAUAAAAGAGUGUCACACAUGAGUUGUAAAAAUUACAGAUCUAGAAGUUCAACACAUUGUGAGCUUGUAGAUCUUAUGUACAUGACCUAAAUUAAUUUGUUAAAAGACUAUACUUCUUUCAUUUUUUUUAGCUAAAAUUAACUAAAACUAGACUAAAACCAGUUUGAGUUUUCGUCAACUAGAACUGGACUAAAACUAUCACAUAUAGAAGUGACUAAAACUAAAAAGUAUUUUAGUCCAAAAGACUGAGACUAAGACUAAAUCUAAAAUGGCUGCCAAAAACAACACUGUUGGGAUCUUGAGAAUGUGGAUGCCAGUUAGGUGUCUUGAGUUUUUUGUGACAUUUCUUGGGUCAUUCCUGAGCAGUGUUGAGAUGUAUCCGUGCGCAUUGACCUCAUGGAAGUUGCACUGCUAUUGGGGAGCACCAUUGCCAUUUGGGGUGUUCUGAUGUUGUGGCUAAUAAGUGUAUAUUACAUUUGAAGAAGAAGCAGGAAAGCAGUGACUGAAAUUGCCAAAGUUAUGACAUUCCAUUUUUUUACUUUACUACUUUUUUGGGAAACCUAACUUUGAUGGGAAAUGGGAAACAGUGAUUCCAUGGGGAAAUUCAUUUUCACAGCACUGUACCUGUCACUGUAUUUAGAAGUUACCAUUAUUGCACACUUUUUUAUCUAGUAUGGUCAAAAUUACAGUGGUAUACAUGUAUUAAUGAAUGGUUGUGAAACGACAUUAUAUGAAUCCAGUAGGUCAACAUUGCAAUGCACCUAGUCCAUUGUUUUCUCAUGCCUUUGUUCCUUUUCAGAUAAUCAGGUCAGCAGUGAAACCAAAGAGGAUAAGACGAGAAGGCCAUAGUAGUGUUGUACAGUAUAUACAGAUUUUUGUUUUUGUACUGUUGUUGAUAAUAAAGUGUACAUUUUGCAAAAAG